AUGGAGUCGUUUCGUACCUCUUGCCUCACAGUUCAGUAUACACCAUCUAUUGGUACUGCUGCUGUUUUCAUUGUCCUCUUACUGAAUUCUGCCUUGGCGAAUGCCGCUGACGGAGCUCCGGUAGUUCUUCCUGCACGUCCGCCAAGUCCAGCAGAGCAGCCACCGAGCAGUGGCACUGGCCAGGCCCUGCCAGCGCCAGUUCCGUCACUGAACCUGCCACCACCGAACCUCGGCCUCCCGCCACCGCCGUCGCUGCCCCGUCACCCUAGCUGCGACAGUCGCAUCGACUUUUCGUCACACUUUCACGGUUUCGCGCAGACACACGGCGGUCACGAUCAUCGAAACUGGUACCUGUCAUCUUUGUACAGACCGAUGGUGCCGGCUGGGGGUUCCGAUCCGUAUACAUAUGCGCGGUUCAGGAAGCCGUAUGCUGCUGGUGAUGCUGCACUGCUUGUGUCUCCGCUGUACAAUAGUCAGGUGUUUGGCACUCCAGGGCUAGACUCUGUCCUGGGUACAUGCUAUCUGGAGUUUGAUUACUUCACCCGGGGUGCAUUGAUCAGAGCUUCUGUUCACAGCGGACGUGUUAAGGACUCGUUUGAAGGUCUCUUUGACCGUCAGCACGUGGCCUGGGCCUCUGACAACAGUGUGGAUUCAGUCAACUCGCCACCUUCAGUGCAGCUAGGUAACAAUUGGAAGCGCGCUAGCAUCAGUUUGAACGAACGUCCACUGGAUCAACCAUUCAUGGUUGCAUUUGAAGGUGUAUGCGGUCCAGGGGUGUGUACACCAUUUGGUAUUGCAGCCAUAUCAUCAGUACAGCUCAACAGUGGUUGUUGCCUCAGAGAAGCCUUUGAAACAUCAGGUUGCAGCAGCAGUGUGGCGACAUUUGAUGAAGGUCUGGACGGUUUCGUACAGUGCAACAUUGACAUGCUGGAUUGGACACGUCACUAUGGCCCAGUGCUCAGUAUUCAAACCGGACCCAGGGCGGACCAUACCUCUGGAAAAGGUGCUUACAUGUACGUGGAGAGCAACUACCGUACCAUCAAGGCCAAGGGAGACACAGCUGUGAUGACCUCACCGCCAUGGACUUUAACUACUGUCACACCGCAGUGCUCCUUGACGUUCUGGUAUAUGAUGAAUGGACCUAAGAUGGGCAGUUUGGAGGUGUACGUAAAAGCUGUGGUUGGUGGCAGCACUGGUGACAGUGAUGUCAUGGUUUUCAACGAGACUGGUGACAAAGGUAAUCAGUGGUACAGGGCUAUCAUUGACUUGUCAGAACACAAAGGCUCCACCAUUACGGUGUCAUUCCACGGUGUUCUUGAAGCAUCUCUAACAAGUGAUAUAGCAAUCGAUGAUGUCCAGCUCUCCAAGGAUUGCUGUGCACGGGCUGACGAUGCGCCAACAGCAGUUGCCGCACAACCCAUCACGGCCGCUGGUGUUGCAGCCCCAGAUUCACCCACUGUGCAGUCUCCCACAACGGAGAGCGAGAAGAAAAAGAAACGGCUAUCCAGGACAGCACUGAUCAUUGGUAUAGCCCUGCCAAUAGCCAUCAUACUCCUCAUCGUUAUCAUCUACAUCAUUGUGAAGGCUAUACUAGCAUACCGGGCUAGCAAACAGCACGGUGAACCUCAACACUAUCGCCAGGAGGAUGAUGUUAGCAAUGUGGCACCUGAUGACAUCGCUACAAACACAGCUACGGAUAUGGAUGAGGCUACCAUGUAGCAGCACAGUGGCAACUAGCCAAUGUGUCGUUCAGAGACCUUCUUCAAGUCAUAGUGCUAUGCUGUCAUGCAUAUCACUCCUCACAGCACAGGAUGUGCACAUUCUUUGCUCAUAUUUGCAGUCUUAUUUUGCAGUCUUAUGCUGAUUGCUAUGGGAUUAUCAAGACCUUGCAAAGGUCAUAACGUUCUAUGCAGAGCUGGUAUCACUGUGUGUACGGCUGCACUGAACUUACACAGCAAACCUAACGGGAGGAAAAAUGAUGAAGUUGCUGAAAACGUGGCGUUUUCUUUUAACCCCUUA